UCACGCUACCAAACAACCCUUGCAGUAACGGGUAACCCAUUGUCGUUGCAUUGAAUACACUGUUUCCUGCAGUUGGAACUCGUGUUGAGAAGCAUUUUCCUUCCAAAAUUCGCCCUUAUGCGAGUGAGAGUUUGGGUAUAGAGAUUGAUUUCUGAGCUUGGGUUCCACACGCAUUGCCAAACAUGGGCGCUUCAGAAUCUACUUUAUCAACUGGACAGACGCCAGAUGACAAAAUCACCACCAUAACCCACCGAUCGGAAGCCUCUGACCCCAUUUUGGAGCGCCUCAAAUCUCUCAAAAUUACACCGCCCAUAUUGACGUCACCCCCAACAGAGGGUACUUUAACUGAUAUUUUAGUGAGGAAGCCUUCUUCGUCUUUGGUUUCAGUGAAUCCGAAGGUUCUAUUAGAGCUCUUCUCAAUGUACCGUGAAUGGCAGGAGAAAAAGGCCCAUGAGAUAAGCAAAAGACAGGAGGAGAUAGAAAACAAAAUAGAAGUUGCAGAUGCUUUGGCAAUCAAACUUCUUCAGCGAUUUAAUCAUUCAACGUCUACAAUGAAGACUGCCUCACAACAUCUAUCGGGAGUUCAUGGAUUGCAGGUGGAAAUUGGAGAGCUCAAAGGAAGGUUGACUGAAGUUAUCAGUAACUGCGAUGCAUUGUGCAAAAGGAUUGCAGUAGAGGGCCCAGAAUCUCUCCGGUCAUCUAUCAAACCUUUUACAAUUGCUACUGCUGAAACCUGCUCAAGUUCAUCUAGUUUGGGGACGGUUUCAAAAACAAAUCCGCCUUCUACGGAAGAAUAGUUAGACCAACAGGUUUGAUUCUUGCUCAUAUUUUCACAAGCUUCCUGCAUUCUUAUCAAUUUUGAGGUGCUCGAGAGUCUGAAGAAUGGUUAGAUCACGUUCACAUGAUAGACUAAUUUUUUAUGGGGCCAUGUUUUGGAGGACAUGAAACUUGUCAUUUAAUUGAGACCAAAUCAUGGCAACAUCAGAGCAACCCGGCCAUGUUACAAUGCUUCUAUGCAAGGAGCUAUGAUGCCCGUCACCGACACGCACAUAGUGGGCUUGGUUGCUAAUUGGAGGCAAAAAAUUGAAUAGACACGUGAUCAGAUCUAAAGUGCUCACACCAUCUAAUCGUUUUUGUCCUUUUUUGGGUGGUUUUUUUUUUUUUUUUUUUUGAGAAGUUGACAUUAUUGUUUUUGACGUCUCUGUUGCACAAAAUUGUUUUCGACGUCUCAGUUGCACAAAAUUGCUGUAAUUUCGGUAUAAAAUGAGCACAUAAUCGUGUAAUUGUGCGACA